AUGCAGCUCCAAUAUGUCGUCUGCUUCCUGUGCUGGGCGGCACUGGCAACUUGGCAAGCACAUGGAAGACAAAGAUUUAGAACUCGACCCCAGAAUGUCUCUGCCAUCCAAGAUCAGACUGUGAUAAUGAAGUGUGAGGUAGUAGAACGAGUUGGUGCAAUGCAGUGGAGUAAAGAUGGAUUUGCUUUAGGUAUGGACCCAUCAAUACCUGGAUUUCCUCGAUAUGAAGUUGUUGGAAACUUAGACCUGGGGGAAUACAAUUUGAUGAUUACCAAUGUAGAGUUGGGUGAUGAUGCUGAGUAUCAAUGUCAAGUGAUGCCUUCAAGAGGAAAUGGGGCUCUCAUGGCUUCAGCCUAUCUCACAGUACAUAUCCCUCCAGAUGUUCCUGAAAUAGUUGGCUUCAGUAACGGUUCUAUUAUUGAAAUCCCUUCAACCCAGGAUAUAUUGAAACUCACAUGCAUUGCACACAAUGGUCGUCCUGCUGCCCAAAUAGAAUGGUUCAAGGAUGGAGAAAGAAUAAUGACUGGGGUGGAACGUAAAGUGUUGUCCAAACCAAAUCAAAAACGUAUGACAGCAAAAAGCAUAUUGACUUACCGACCGCAGUAUAUUUAUAAAGAUAAUGAUGCCUAUUUGAGUUGCCAGGCUUUCAAUGAUGCAGUUAGAGGACCACCUUUGGAGACAGUGGUACAGCUAAGCAUAUCAUUCCCACCCGAUCCACCUGAAAUUUCUGGUUAUCAAGAGGGUCAGGUGGUGCGCACUGGUGACACACUCCGGUUGUUGUGUGUAUCAAGAGGUGGCAAUCCAUUGGCUCAUGUUGUCUGGUAUAAAAAUGAUAGAGAAAUUGACCAAUCCUAUGUGACUGGACAGAAUAAAGCUGAGAAUGAAUUGACUAUUAUGCCUGUCCAGACAUCAGACAAUGAUGGCAUCUUCAGAUGUGAAGCCUCAAAUGUUGCUACUCCAAAACCUCUUGUGGCAUCUUUCAAACUGACAGUACAUUUUCCUCCUAAAAAAGUAAAAGUUACUGGCCAUAGGUUAGCAAAGGCAGGUGAAACAGUCACUCUCAAGUGUGAAUCUAGCAACAGUAAUCCUGCUGCUUCAAUUACUUGGUUUGCCAGAGGGCGACAACUACCAGAAGACAACACUCAAGUGAAAACAGCACCAAAUGGUGGCUUCAUUUCAACAUCCAUCACCAAAGUGAACUUGACUGGUAAUGAGAAUAAUGUUAUGUACACCUGUCAGGCUAAAAAUGAAUACAUUAAUGAAGCAGUCACGGACUCUGUAACUCUCAGUGUACUGUACCCACCAGCUAAACCUAAAAUUACUGGUUACAAAGAAGGUUUGGCAAUCAAUUCUGGUGAUCUAAAGAGAUUGACUUGUACUGCUGUUGGAGGAAACCCUUUAGCAUCUCUUAAGUGGUACAAAAGCAGCCAACGAUUAGAUUCAGACUACAAAAUUAUUGGCAACAUUGCCUCGGCAGACCUGGCAGUUAUUAUUAAGCCGGAAGACAACAAUGCUGUUUAUGUGUGUAAAGCUACAAACAAUGCUACAGUAAAGCCACUUGUGACAAAAGUUAGACUCAAAGUCUAUUUUCCUCCUCUCUCUGUAAACAUAACAACAAAUCCCAAGGUGGCUAAAGCAGGACAGAAAUUUAGUCUACGCUGUGAAUCAUCAUCCAGUAACCCUGAAGCUGAAAUUAUUUGGUUAAAAGAUGGACAGCAGAUUAUGAGUAGAGAUGGAGCUGAUGUGGCAGUUAAAAAUGGUACAAACGGAGGAAAAAUUACCAUAAAUGUGUUGGACAUAAUACCUACUGCAGAAGACCAUUUAGCUGUCUAUGGUUGUCGAGCAAUCAACACAGCUUGGGAACAGUCUGUUAAUGAUGGAAUGACUCUAAAUGUCCUGUUCAAGCCUACAUUCAGUACUCUAAUACCACGCAAAAUUAGUAUUCUUGAAGGGAAUUGGAAAUUAAUAAAUUUCAGUACACGGGCCAAUCCACCCAAAGUAACCUACAGUUUGUGGCGAGAUGGCCAAGAACUUGAUCUGCACAAUGUUUACCCACACUUUCAUCUUGAUGAAGGUGGUGUUCUCAACAUUACCAAAGCACAACAAAAAGACAGCGGUGACUACCAAAUAAAAUCAGUUAAUGCUGAAGGAACUGCAUUUUUUAAUUUUACACUGGAUAUUCAAUAUCCAGCCAGUAUCACAACUAUAACAACCCCAAUCAUGAAAGAUGAAGGGGGUAUGGCCUAUUUUGUGUGUAAUGCAAAAGCAAACCCCAAGAUUGACAAUAUGGUGCGCUGGAGUAGGGAUAAUUAUGAUAUGUCAAAGACCAGGCAGAUGUAUGACAAUGGGACUUCUUACUUGACAGUUUAUGAGCUUUCUCGAACGGAUACUGGAACAUUUACUUGUUCAGCCUAUAAUGGUUUUGGAAAAGUGGUCACUAGAGUUGCACAACUCAUAGUAAAAUAUCCUCCUCAAAUUGACAAGGCCCCCAAAUAUGCCAAAGCAGCAAGUGAUAAAGGAGGAACUGCUAUUCUGCUCUGUAAAGCUGAUGGAGCACCUAUUGUCACUUUUACGUGGUCUAAGGGAAGUACGGAAUUAACGGAUACAGCCAAAUAUAAAAUCAAAACCACUAAACAGGAAGAUGUGAAUUAUAUCAGCACCUUGGAAGUGACCAAUGUUACUAAAGAGGACUAUGGCAGAUAUGUUUGCAAGGCUUCCAAUGAAAAAGGAACAGCUGCAUUUAGCAUCUUACUUGAUGUCACAAGUAAACCUGAUCCUCCAUAUGAUAUAAAAUUUGUCAAUGCAACCCAUGAUAGCAUAACCCUCACUUGGCAACCAGGUUUUGAUGGCGGCAUGGAACAAGCCUUUAGAAUUCGCUAUAGGCCCACUGGUGCUCCUAACUAUAAAUAUGUAGACAUUGGCACCAGUAUUAAUGUCUAUGUACUCACAGGACUUCAACUGGGAACCGAAUACAUGCUCACAAUGUUGGCCUUCAAUAAACUUGGAGAAAGUGAAUAUCAAAAAAAAGAAUUUAAAGCAAGAACAUCAAGUGUGGCUCCUCCUGGGGAUACUGAUCCAUCAGCUCUGCAGGGCUCUGAUGACAUGCCAGUCAUAAUCAUCCUUGUCGUCUGUAUUGUGGGUAUCUUUCUCUUGGCCCUCAACAUUGGCCUAAUCAUGUUCUUCAUUCGGAGGAAAAGGAAACGUUUAGAAAAUGGUAGUGACACAACAAGUCAUACAAAUACUUUUGAACUGUUUGGAUCAACCAAGGAAAGCCAUCUUUAUCCCAUGUCACCAUCAGAAGAUGCUAGGAGUUAUGACACUUAUGACAAAAGUCUUGACGAAUUCUCAGAUGAAUGUAGCAAAAACUAUGAGGAUGAAGAUAUGAAACGAGUAUUCUUGCCUCCUCAUGACUACUCAGGGCGGCCCUAUACCCCCUGUAAACAAGACUCUCCUCAAGUUGAACCUAAAAGGGCAUAUAUGGAUUCUCCAAAUAGACAAAUUACUUAUUUAGAUGAUUCAGGUUCACGAUCUCCAAUCCAUGAAGAUUUGUAUAUGGCCCCUAAAAAGAAAACAGAAGGUUAUGAAACAAAUCACUAUGGUGUACUUCAAGGAAAGACAUCAGGAACAUUAUAUGAAGACACAUCAAGCUGGUCACGUCAGGAACAGAAUAGUCGGAUGAGAAAUGGAAUGGUAGCUGACUACAUAGAACGGCCGGCCAACCGUCCGUGCAGCCGAGCCGGUAAGACACCACCCCCUCCACCUGUGCGCACAUCCAGUCGGGGGGCAACUGACUCCGCUGCUGCUGCCGCCUUGUUAGAAAACCACGCCCCUCCACUGCCUGCACGUCUCUAUGGCUCUCAGGACUUGCCUCAUUUCGCACCUUCAUCAGGUCCAAGUUUAUCAAUUUCUCCCAACAUCGUCCCUAACCCCAGCUAUGAGAGCCCUCCUCGAACUCGCUGCCCCACUCCGAGGGGGAGCCUUCAACAACUGACACAAGCCAGCCUUGAAAUGAAAGGUCACCUGGUUCUGACUCUUUCUUUCCCUUUCCUUCUCUUUCUCUUCCUUUUCUUUCUCUUCCUUCUCUUUCUUUCUCUUCCUUCUCUUUCUUUCUUUCUCUUCCUUCUCUUUCUUUCUUUCUCUUCCUUCUCUUUCUUUCUUUCUCUUCCUUCUCUUUCUUUCUUUCUCUUCCUUCUCUUUCUUUCUUUCUCUUCCUUCUCUUUCUUUCUUUCUCUUCCUUCUCUUUCUUUCUUUCUCUUCCUUCUCUUUCUUUCUUUCUUUCCUUCUCUUUCUUUCUUUCUUUCUCUUUCUUUCUUUCUUUCUCUUUCUUUCUUUCUUUCUCUUUCUUUCUUUCUUUCUCUUUCUUUCUUUCUCUUCCUUCUCUUUCUUUCUUUCUCUUCCUUCUCUUUCUUUCUUUCUCUUCCUUCUCUUUCUUUCUUUCUCUUCCUUCUCUUUCUUUCUUUCUCUUCCUUCUCUUUCUUUCUUUCUCUUCCUUCUCUUUUUUUUUCUCUUUUUCUCUUUCUUUCUUUCUUUUUCCUUUUUUUUCUUUUUUUCUUUCUUUCUUCUUCUUUUUCUCUUUCUUUCUUUCUUUUCCUUCUCUUUUUUCUUUCUCUUCCUUCUCUUUCUUUCUUUCUCUUCCUUCUCUUUCUUUCUUUCUCUUCCUUUCUUUCUUUCUUUCUCUUCCUUCUCUUUCUUUCUUUUCUUCCUUUUCUUUCUUUCUUUCUCUUCUUUUUUUUCUUUCUUUCUCUUCCUUCUCUUUCUUUUUUUUUCUUCCUUCUCUUUCUUUCUUUCUCUUCCUUCUCUUUCUGCAAGUGCAACUGUCAAAAUAUCUGGUCACAUCUGUUGAUUAAACAACCAGCCCAAAUUUACACUGGCAACAGCAGCAAAGCUGGCAAAUGUCCAAUGGCAAAAGGAAACCUUGUGACCAGGAUGUUAAUGUUUCCCAUUUCUCAAACACUCACUUCUCUCAUUUGUUUUCCUGUUGGAUAUUAG